CACCGCUGCCUCCGAGAGAGCCCAGCUACCCAGAAGGUCCCCGCAAAGACCCCGGGGAAGAAUCGGGUUGACGCGGCUCCAGCUCUCCAUUCCGGCGAAGGUCAGCCCAUUCGAGGCUCCGCGCCCUUGAGCCCGGGGUGUACCCCGCGAGGAAGCGAGCGUGGGGCCGUGGACAGAGCCUGGGCCGCUGGAGCAUCCCGUCUAGCCUGGUUGAGGCUGAAUUGUCGAAUGCCUCCCACUCAGGCUGAAAGUGUUAUAAAGAAUAUCAUUCGAGAAAUAGGACAAGAAUGUGCAGCCCAUGGAGAGAUUGUUUCUGAAACUCUGGUUGCUUUUAUGGUGAAAGCUGUUGUCCUGGACCCAAGUAAUGGCUUUAACACGGAUAGAACUCUCAUAAAAGGUGAUGUGCAGAAACUUGUAAAGCUUUGCGUGACUCGGCUAUUGGACAGUAAAAAUCCUUCCCUGGACACCAUUAAGAUGCAAGUCUAUUUUGAUAUGAAUUAUACAAGUCGAGAGGAAUUUCUCGAAGAACAUCACCGGGUCGUAGAGUCUAGAUUAAGCUCUGUUAGCAGAGAAAUUACAGAUAGUCGAGCAUGUGUUCGAGAAGAGCUGGAAAGCCUCUACCGCAAGAUCGUCAGCUACGUGUUACUGCGCUCUGGGCUGGGGUCCCCAACAGACAUCAAGAUUGUCAGAGAGGCAACAGCUGCCCUACAGAGUGUUUUUCCUCAGGCUGAGCUUGGGACAUUUCUAACUCUUUCUAAGAAGGACAAAGAACGCCAGCUGAAAGAACUCACCAUGAUUGUUACUGGAAUUCGUUUGUUUAACCGAGACUGUGGAAAGGGAGGAGAAGGCAUUGAUGACUUGCCAGCUAUUCUACGGGAAGCAAUCCCGGCCACCACUCAGCAUGUUGAUUCCCAACUUGAGGUGGUCCAGGACCAGGCAUACCGCUACACAGCCAUCCUCGAGAAAGUAGCAAAGAACCCACUCUUGAGUCGAGAACUUCAGCCCUAUUUGUUAAAAGAAGCACUGUAUAACGUGCGACAAUAUGAGAUCUUCCUUCAGAUCAUUUUGUCGGAUAUAAUUACUUGUGCUCAAGAAGUGGAAAUGAUGAUAAAGCAGUUAGGAGCCCAACUGGAACAAUUAAAAUUUACUGUAAAAUCAAAGACGGCUGUCCCAACAUCACAAGUCUUUCCCACCUUCAUUGCCCUUUCCAAUCUGUGGACUAGCUUUCAGGAUGAAACUGUUUUGAUUAGCAUCCUCAGUAAUUUAACUACUCAUCUUGAGCCAUUUCUGGGGACUCAUGAACUGUUCUUUCCUGAGAAAGUGACGCAAGCUCUUCUUGAUGGAGUGACUGUGAAAACUGAUGUGUGUAGAAUGAAAGAGCACAUUGAAGAGAGAGUAAAUCUGGCGGAUUUCAGAAAUCUAGAAUGGCUUUUCCCAGAAACAACAGCCAAUUUUGAUAAAUUGUUGAUUCAGUAUCGGGGAUUUUGUGCUUACACAUUUGCUACAACAGAUGGUCUUCUUCUUCCAGGAAAUCCAGCAAUUGGAAUUUUGAAAUAUAAAGAAAAGUAUUACAGUUUCAAUACCAGAGAUGCUGCAUAUUCAUUUGCAGAUAAUCCUGAAAAUUACAUUGAUAAAAUUAGAGAAAAAGCCAAAAAAAAUGCAGAAUUGAUUCAGCUACUGGAACUUCAUCAACAGUUUGAAACCCUUAUUCCAUAUUCUCAGAUGAAAGAGGUUGACAAACAUAUAAAACCAAUUGCGAAGUGUGAAAGUAGCACACAGACGGAUACACAUUUAUUGCCACCAACAAUUGUGAGAUCAUAUGAGUGGAAUGAAUGGGAAUUAAGAAGAAAAGCUAUAAAAUUGGCCAAUUUGCGUCGGAAAGUUACUCACUCGGUACAGACUGAUCUUAGUCACAUGAGAAGAGAAAAUUGUUCCCAGGUGUACCCUUCAAAGGAUGCUAGCACACAGUCAAUGAGGGAAGGCAGCAGCCGAGUGCCCGGGCCCCAGAUUUACAUAGCUGGUUUCCGCGGGGGCCAUACCAAGACCACCUAUGAAGUCAAGGUGAACUUAACUAGAGCCAUUGAUGAAACCUAGUUAGAGACCACACUUUUAACGUAGAUACCACUAAUUGUGAACAAUGGCAUAUAUUUAAAAGUAUUUUUGCAUCCAUGAAAAUUAGCUAAUUUU